GUGUGGCAGGCUAUGGGAUGGAUGAGGCUGAGCAGGACCAGUAUGAAGCUCGCCUCAAGGAGCUCUUCGACAGCUUUGACAGCACUGGCACAGGGUCCCUGGGGCAGGAGGAGCUCACCGACCUCUGCCACAUGCUGCACCUUGAGGAGGUGGCCCCGGCACUGCAGCAGACCCUCCUCCAAGGCAACCUCCUAGGCAGGGUCCACUUUGAUCAGUUUAAAGAAGCACUCAUCCUCAUCUUAUCCAGAACCCUCUCAAAUGAAGAGCACUUCCAAGAACCAGAUUCUUGCCCAGAAGCACAGCCCAAGUACAUCAAAGGCAGCAAACGCUACGGCCGCCGGUCCCUGCCGGAGUUCCAGGGGUCGGUGGAAGACUUUGCGGAGGUGACCGUCAUCGAGCCGCUGGGCGAGGAGGCAUGUCCCACACACAUCGCUCCCGCUGACUGCCAGGAGCACUGGAAGACACAAGACAGCGAGGAGUAUGAAGCUGAGGGGCAGCUGCGCUUCUGGAACCCAGAUGACCUGAAUGCCUCCCCUGGAACAUCACUGCCCACGCCAGACUGGAUAGAGGAGAAAUUGCAGGAGGUCUGUGAGCACCUUGGCAUCACCAGGGAUGGUCACCUGAACCGGAAAAAGCUUGUUUCCAUUUGUGAGCAGUAUGGGCUCCAAACGGCAGCCGGGGAGGUGAUUGAAGAGGUGCUCCAUAACCUGGAGCAAGAUGGCACCAUGAGCAUAGAGGACUUCUUCUAUGGCUUGUUUAAAAAUGGCAAGUCAUUGACAUCAUCAGCAUCUACUCCAUACAGACAGCUGAAACGACACCUCUCCAUGCAGUCGUUCGAUGAAAGCGGGAGACGAACCACCACCCCCUCGGCCAUGCCCAGCACUGUCGGCUUCUGCCUCUUCUCCAGCUUGGAUGAUGGGAUGGGCUACAGCUGCGUGGAGGGUGUCCUUGACUGUUGGCACCAGGAGGGCAUAGAGAACAGCCAAGAGAUCCUGAAGGCUUUGGAUUUCAGCUUGGAUGGGAAGGUGAACUUGACAGAGCUGACGCUGGCACUAGAAAAUGAGCUCUUAAUAACCAAGAAUGGAGUCCACCAGGCAGCCCUGGCGAGCUUCAAAACGGAGAUAAAACACUUGCUAGAGAGGGUUGACCAAGUGGCCAGAGAGAAGGAGAAGCUACGUUCAGACUUGGAAAAAGCUGAGAAGCUGAAGUCCUUGAUGGCUUCUGAAGUGGAUGACCACCAUGCUGCGAUUGAGCGCCGGAAUGAGUACAACCUCAGGAAGCUGGAUGAGGAGUACAAGGAACGGAUUGCAGCUCUGAAGAAUGAGCUCCGGAGAGAGCGGGAGCAAAUCCUGCAGCAGGCUAACAAACAGCGGCUGGAACUGGAGCAGGAGAUAGAAAAGCUGAAAACUGAUGAGAACUACAUGAGGGACCGCCUGGCCCUUUCCCUGAAGGAAAACAGCCGCCUGGAAAACGAGCUACUGGAAACGGGGGAGAAGCUGGCUGAGUAUGAAACUUUGGCAAGCAAACUGCAGAGGAACUUGGAGAAUGUCCUGGCUGAGAAGUUUGGUGACCUGGAUCCCAGCAGUGCAGAGUUUUUCCUGCAGGAGGAGAGGCUGGCACAGAUGAGAAGCGAGUACGAGCAGCAGUGCAGAGAGCUGCAAGACCAGAUAGAUGAGCUGCACUCAGAACUGGAGGAGUACCGUGCCCAAGGCAAAGUGCUGAGGCCUUCACUGAAAAAUUCACUGUCAGAAGAGUUUGACAUUGAUGUGAAAAGCCAUGGCAAUAGUGGUAUUGAGCCUGACCAAGGGCUUGGUUCAGAAGACUGCAACCCACUAAACAUGAGCAUUGAGGCAGAAAUGGCAAUUGAACAAAUGAAGGAGCAGCAUGACAGAGAUCUACACCACCUCAAACAGGAGCUUGAAGACACGGUGGGCCAUUAUGAAAAGCAGCUAGAUGAGACAAAAACACACUGUGAAAAGGAACAGGAGGACAUGAGGAAGAAGUACACUGAGGAGAUCCAUGUCAUGGAAGAGCAAAUAACUGGCCUUAAAAAUCAAAUUGCAGAGCUGCAAGCAGAGGCAGCAGUGCUCAAAGAACAGCAAGAACAACUUGACUGUAAAUACAAUGAUGAGAAAAACAAAUUACAAAUGCAUUUUGAUGAGGAAAAAGCCAAUCUGCAAGAAUUAUUGAGGCAGGAGCAUGAAGAAGAUGUUAGAGCCAGGCUGGAGCAGGUAAACGAGAAGUUUAGUCAAGAACGGGAAGAAUUGAUCCAAAACAGUGUUUGGGCAGAAGAAAAAAUGAGAGUUUUAGUGCAGACACUGCAGGAAGAGAAGGGAGAGCUGGAGCGUGGCUUUCACGAGCAGCUGAAAAGGAUGGCAGAGGUGCAUGCCCUGGAGAAGGAAGAGCUUCAGCAAGAGCUGCUGAGGAAGCACAAGCAGGACCUGGAGGAGGAAAGGAAAAAAAUGGAAAGUGACUAUAACAGAAGAACAUCUCAUGUAGAAACUCAGUUUUCUGUUGAGACACAAACACUUGUGAAUAAGUACGAAGAAACGAUCCAAAACCUGGAAGGACGCCACCAGCGAGAGCUGCACGAACUUGCUGAACAGCAGAGAGAAGAGAAAUCUCAGUGGGAGUUUGAAAAAGAUGAAAUUGCUCAGGAGGUUGCUGAAGCCCAUGAGCAGCUGAAGGAAAGGCUGGCAAAUGAAAAGGCUGUUUCUUCUGCCCUGACCCAGGAGAAAGAUCUCCUGGAGAAGAACUUCAAGGAAGAAGUGAACAAGCUUGUGUGCGAGAGAGCGCAGCUUCAGAAGGAGCUGCAAGACCUGAGGAAUGCUGCUGAGAAGCAAGAGAAACAACUGAAUGAUAAAAUAACACAACUCCAAAAUGACCAUGAGAAAGAGCUAAAGAACAAAGAGGAGCAUCUCUCUGUGGUGGAGGAAAAUGGGAAACUGGUUAGGCAAAAACUGGAAAGGCUUGAUAGUGAAUAUAAGCAAGAGAAAGAAGAUCUCAAUUCCAAACUUCUGGCUUUGAAGAGCUUAAACAAAGACAUUUGUGCAAGGGCAGAAACAGAAAAGGCAAAGAUGAGCUUGGAGAUCUCAAAUCUCCAGGGGAAAAUCCAGAAACUGCAGUGGGAGACCCAUAGUUUUUCCAUGCUACAAAAUCAUUAUAGGGUCCUGGAAAGCGAGUAUGCCAAAGCAAAGAGCAAAAUUGCUUCUUUCUCCGGUGUGGUCCCUCUGGGAGAUGACGCUGAUGUCCUCCUAAAUCUGCAGAAAGUGCACGAGCAAGCUGUGAAGGAAAAUGUCAGGAUGGCUGCUGAGAUCAUCAGGCUGCAGCACAGGUUGGCAGCUGUGGAGCGGGAGCCCAUGCGACCUCACAGUCCUGGCUGCUCCGACUCCAGCUCAGAACCAUCUCAGCUGCCAGAUGACAUAGAUCCCAUUUUUGAAGGGUUGCCCGGUGACUGCAGGGAUGCUGACAAGCAAACAGAGUCCAAUGUCCUUCUGCUUUUGGAGGCUGACACUACAGACCUGGAAGAAAUGUCUGAGAUGGAGUCAGAUUUGGAGAAAUCAUGUGUUAAAGCAGGAGCAGGUGGAGAUCCUGAGCAAACCCUUGAGAGAGUUCCCGGAGCAAAAAUGCUGCAUGAGGAGGAUGUUAAACAGCAGAAGGUUCAUCUGCUAAAUCACAGAAUAGCUCCUAAAAAUAGAGAGUUUGUUCCUGAUGCUUCCAGGCUGCAGGUUGAGCUUGAGGAGGCUGAAGAAGUGAGUGAAGCUUCUCUCCAGCUUGAUCAUGCUCCUGGGUCAGCAAAUGGUGACCUGAAAAAUGUAAUCGCUCAGCUUUGGGAGAGGGUGGAAGAGUUAGAAGAAAGAUCAAUGGCACAGGCUAAACUUUUGUCACUACAAGAAGAACUUCAGGUGGAAAAUGAGGAUCUGAAAUCUGAAAUGAUCAAGUUAGUUGAAAAAAAUAAAGUGCUGGAAGACAACCUGCAUAAGCUGAGAAGCCUUCAUUGCAAACUAGGAAGUAUGAAGCUCACAGAAGAAAAUGCACAGCUCCUCCAAAAAGCUGAAGAAUUGGAAGAUGUGCAAGAACAAGAUGCUGAAGGGAAUGUAGAUGCAUACAGUGAUGAGAUAAGACCAAGAUGCCAGCUUGGGAAGCUUGAAGAACGUGCCACCAUGUUUACAGAUGGCCAAGAAAGGCGUGCCCAUAGCGACAGCACCACGAAAGAAAGGAGGGAGCUGCAAGAACCCAGCAGAAAGCUGAAGGAGAAAGCUGCUGCUCUGGUUAACCCAAACGAGGUACACUUCCACGGAGAGAGGGAGGAGAACAACACAGUGACCCACAGCUUGCAAAGCACAUGCACUGAGCUGCAGCAAAAAGUGGACCUCCUGAGAUGUGAAGCUGAGAAGCUCAGAGAAGAAAAUGCCCUUCUGAAAAAUGAAGUGACUUUACUAAAUGAGGAAGGCAGUGCUUCCAGCCUGAAGCUGAGAGAGCUAAAUGGAUCCCGAGAGGAAAUGCGGCAAAAGAUAGAGGCUGUGAGAAAGGAGAAAGUGGCUGUACAGAAGAUGGUCGACAACCUGAAAAAGCAGGUCGCAGAUCUGAAGACCAGGAACCAGCAGCUGGACUCCGAAAAUACAGAACUUAGCCAGAGGAACUCCAAAAAUCAAGCAGAUGUGCAGGAUCUUAAUCAACAGCUGGCAAGGGUGCUCAAGCAAAAGGAAAGGGAAGCUGGAAAGUGUACCUUGGAAGAAUGGGAAAAGGAGAGGCUGGUACUGAAAGAGGAACUGGAAAACUCCAAAGUCAAGUCCUCAAAUCUGGUGUCUUCCUUGGAGAUGGAGCUGUCAAAAAUGAAGGUUCAAGCUCAUAUAUUGGAGCAGGAGAACCACAUCCUCAAGCAGGAACUUGAGAACACCAAACAGCUGCCCACAUGUCCUGACCUCUCUGACCUUCAAAAUGAAGUUUCAAGUUUAAUUACUAAGAAUGAAAACCUGCAGAAAGAAAAAGAAGACCUGAGUGAGGAGUUAAACAGAUGCAUUGAUAAGGUAGCUAAAAUAAGCUGCUUAGAGAACACAAUUGGCAGCUUGAAGCAGGAGCAGAAGUGCUGGGAACAGCAGAGUCAGAUACUGAAAACGCAGCUCACCGUUUCACAGGAGAAGGUUCAGAGCCUAGACGAAACACUGCAAAAUACCAACCUCCAAGUGUCCUGCCUGAAAUCGGACUUACAGGUGACACAACAGGAGAAGGAAGCUCUUAAACAAGAAGUGAUGUCUUUACACAAGCAACUGCAGAAUGCCAAUGAAAAGAAUCGGGUUCUAGAACAGGCUGUGCCUUCCUCAGGGCUGCAGGACCAACAGAGGCAACUCCACUGGGAAGAACUGGUCCAGCUGAUGAAACAAGAGCAGCAGCUGCUCAGUCAAGAGAAUGAGAGGCUGCAGAAAGAAGUCCAGAGCACCAAAUCAGAGCUGGUUCACUCCAGAGAGAAGAUCCGACAGCUGGAAUCUACAAUCCUUUCCCUAAAGCACCAAAAGCAUCAAAGCCAGUCGGGUAUCGUCAAAGCCAUAGAGCAAGAGAAGUUAAGCUUGAAGAGAGAAUGUGAACAGCUUCAGAAGGAGCUGUCAUCUGCAAACAGGAAGAUCAGUCAGAUGAAUUCUCUGGAACGCGAGCUGGAAACCAGCUCAGAAAAUGAAGGGCUAAGGAAAAAGCAAGUCAAACUGGAUGAUCAGUUAAUGGAGAUGCUCCACUCCGGCACCAGUGCGAUGCUUAGCCAAUCUCCGCACUCCCGGGAACUCCAGCAGCAAGGCUGUGCUAUGGUGCCCAAGGAACAGUUCCUGCAGCUCCAACACCAGCUACUACAAGCAGAGAGGAGUCGUCAACGUCUUCAGGAAGAACUUGAAAGUCGACCUUCUGAAACAAACAUGCAACAGGGAGGUCAUGAGCAGCUUCUAAAAAUGAUGGAAGAGCGUAUGAUGGAUGUUGAGCAGAAACUAAGGCUUGUGAAGAGGCUUCUCCAAGAUAAAGUGAAUCAGCUCAAGGAACAACUUUCCAAGAACACUAAAGCAGAUGCAAUGGUCAAGGAUCUCUAUGUUGAGAAUGCACAACUGCUGAAGGCUCUGGAGAUGACGGAACAGCGUCAGAAAACUGCUGAAAGGAAGAACUAUUUGCUAGAAGAAAAAAUUGCCAACCUCAAUAGGAUAGUGAAGAACUUGGCAUCCCCGUCUUUGAAGUCAGCCUCUGAGAUAAGGUCAUAGCAAAGCCAUUCAAGUCUGGCACAGCCCCGUGCACUUUACUGAAAUGUUGGCAUUUCAGCUUUUUCACUGUGUUGCCUUUUUUGUACUGAUGAGUUUUAGUGAACAGCUGCCUCCAAGGAGAGGAAAGAGCUAAAUUCCAAACCUGGACACUGCCAAAACAGAAUGUCUUGUUUAUUUCCAAACUGGUUUUCUGUUAAGUUUUGGCUAAAAGUUAUCUUCACUACAGAAAAAAACCAACCAAACAAAGACAAGGGGGUGUUUUAGAUUAACUUAUUUUGCUAUUUGGGUUUAAUUUAAAAUGCAAAUUCUGAAUCUGCUGUACUUGAGGUGAUUAUUCCUGCCUAGAUUGAAGCCAAGGUCUAAUGCCAACUUGUAUCACUGAAUUAAAACUCUUUUUUUGGCUUCCUGAAAUACUUCAUGGCCCAAACCUAAGAACACUGAUAGGCCAGUCAUCAACACUGUCAUUUUAAACUGCUGUUGAAACCAAAACUUUUCCUGAUACAGUCUGUCCUGCAAGCGGCUCCUGGUAUAUUGUGAAGGAAAAUGUUCCAUUUCAAACAGGAUUUUGGGUUGUUCUUCAUGGCUGUUUCUCUGCAGAGCUCAGAAAAAAGAAAAUGUUGUCUUGAAAAUAUGUAAAUAGACAGUGUUUCAUCUGAAGAAACUUCCCAGCUGGCAAAGAAAGCCUUUUUUUCCCCUUUCUUUUAAGCUGUGCUGCCAGACAGCUUAAAAAUUGUAGAGGCCUUACAUUUAUUUUAUUAACUUUUUUUUUGUACAUGGAAAUAAGUUAUUCUAAACAAAGGAAGAGCCAGUGAAGAUGUGAGGUUUGUUUAUGUAACUUGUAAAUUCAUUAAAGCAGUGGAGUAUGUUUAUCAAACAACUGGCAGAAGGAUGAAGAGGGGGAUUAGAAUGAUUUUGUUAGUGAAAUCCUGUCAUUUAGGCCUCACAAACAUGGGUCUUUGCUAGCAAUGCAGUGUUCAAGUGGUCAUUUAGAAAGGUCUGUCUGAUGUAGGAGAUCUGAGGACAGCAUCUAAGUGUUAGUAAUUGUGAAGAAACAUAUUCAAUGUGAACAUGAUGAACUCAGGGAAUAACAGCCUAGAUUAGCUUCCUUCACCAUCAUAAAUGUGGAUAUUAAUGCCAGAAGACAAAAAUAUAUCUGUGUUAGGAAAAGCAGGAUAAAACUAAACUCUGGAUGAGUAUUUCCUAGACCAAUGUGCAGUCAUGAAGGUGGAAGAGCAUCAAGGUUUGUAGUGACAGGUACAUUUUGAUCCCAUUUGACCAAUCAGUGAGGCUGGGAAAUGCAAGCUUUCUGAGAAUACCUUCGAAUUUGACACAGAAGCAGCUGAAUUGGGAGCUCACAUACUCAAAACACUUGUACAUAUACUAUUACCAGUUUAAAUGCCCUCUGCCACCAUCAGACCAGUAAGACAUGGUCAACAGUGUAACUAAACCUGGUAAAAGGGCCAUACUGGAAAUACUUGAAACUGGACCUCUUUAAAUAAGUAUGAAUUUGGAAUGCAGGGCGAAGUGGUGAGGUGAUUUGUCUCCAAGAUCACUAGCAAAGUGACAAUUCUGACAGCAAAGCCAAAAGUCCCCCAGAAACUGGGACAAACUGCCUGCAAGCUGUGGCAUAGACCAUGGAGCAUGAUGCCAUGUGGUACUGUGUGGUUGUAGGGGAUGAUAUUUAUGUCUCUGUGCUUACACACCAAUUUUGGAGGAUUGAGGGCUCCUCCU